AUGAGGUGCUGUGUCAUUGCUGUUGUUCUGGCAGUCCUGCAGCUCUGCAGCCCAGCGCUGCAGUCUGACCUGUAUCCCAAAACCUCUAUGCUGCAGAGGGACAAAGAAAACCCAAGCAAAUCAUCGCUUAACCCUUCCCUUGAAAAUGUGGUCCCAUCUCGUAGAGUCAGCAACUCUCCAAAGAUCAGAGAGGCCCCUGAUAGCCAGAAGACCUCUCACUCCCUACCCAUGUUUAGUGAACAUGUCAACCUCAAGUGGAUCACAUGGACGGGAUCACUCCCAAAUGGUGCAGUUGCCAUCUUUAAUGGUUACACUGAGCGGACUGACUACAUAUGCAAAGUCAACUGUGAAGCUGGUUUCUAUACUCCCAGUAAAGGAGGCUUCUGCCAGUACGCCUACGCCGAGAAAGAGUAUGCAUCCUCUAAGUUCGAAGUUCUUGUAAACGUAGAUCACUUUGAGUUCCUGAUGUGGGUUGAAGAUUCCUAUGGUUCGGUUCCUCCGAGUGCCAUUAAAACCUGCCCAAAUUCAGACAUCUAUGUUGGUAAGAACAAGUACGGACUUGGCAAAGUUGUGACUCAACAUGAGGCAUUCUUCCUUCCCUGGGAGGGUGACGAGUACUGGUACAAGAAUUACCAAGUACUUGCUAUCAAUAGGGACACCUACACACAGCACAUAUCCCAUGUAGAGUAUGCCAUUGACCAGAUAGAGCUUUUCCACCAUCCUCCAGAGGCCCUGAAGCUCACCAAGGUCACCAACCUGGAGUGCAGAAACGUGGAGAAGACCGUGACACUGGAGAAGACCACCAUAGUGGAGAAGACUUGGAACAUUGGGAGGGAGACCCGGAAUAGUUCCUUGUCCACCAUGACAGCAAAAGUACCGAUCCUUGGCCCUGAGAAUGUGGACUUUACCAAGGAGCAGACAGUGACCUUCUCAAAGGGGACGUCCAUGACAGAGACCAUCAGUCACACAGUGUCAGUGGAGCUGACAGUCCCACCAAACCACUCAUGUUCUGUGAGGAUGGAUGGCAGGAAGAUGACAGCAGACAUCCCAUUCACAGGCAGGCUUAGCAGGACCAACCACGACGGAGACACCCACUGGACUUCCAUCACUGGCACCUAUGACGAUGUGAGUGUUGGGGAGAUCAACGCAGUAGUAGAAAGGUGUCAGCCAGUGAUGGAUGCUGCUCCCUGCUCCCCAUCCCAGUGA